UACCAUCCUCUUUUAGAAAGCUAUGCAAUUUGAGACACAUCUCUUUCUCAUAUCUCAAAUGCAAUCAACAACUUUCUCAAAUCUUACAAAUUCUCAUCCCAUGUGUUUCACAUCAACUCAACACUCUUGUGGCUUCUGGUUCUCAAAUCUCAGGUCAACUCACCAAUCAACUUGGAAUGUUUAAAAAUCUUGAAACGCUUGAUCUCUCUCGCAACAAGAUUAUUGGAGAAAUUCCUCAAUCAUUCGCAAAGCUUUUCUCGUUAAGAUUUGUCGAUUUCUCCAAAAAUCAACUUACUGGAAAUCCAUUUAAAAUUCUUGCAUCACUUACUAAAUUGUUAUCUCUUGUCAUAGAUGACAAUUUGUUUCAAGGGAUUGUACAUGAAGAUGACCUUGCGAAUUUCACUACUCUACAUGUGCUUUCAGCAUCAAGUAACAAUUUAACUUUGAAAGUGCAUCCCAGUUGGAAACCAAAAUUUCAACUUUUUCAAUUGAAAAUUAGCUCUUGGAAGCUAGGUCCAAGCUUUCCAUCAUGGAUUCGGUCACAAUAUCAUCUUCAACAUUUGGAUCUAUCUAACGCAGGGCUUUCUGAUUCCAUUCCCAUUUGGUUUUGGGAAACAAGUCAUUAUUGUUUUCAUUUGAACUUCUCUCACAAUCAUAUUCAUGGCAAGCUCCCAAAAGAAUUAAAGAUUUUAGAAUCUUUUGGAGCGGCAGUUGAUCUUAGCUCAAACCAUCUGCAUGGAAAUUUACCCUCUGUGAGUGAGGAUGUGGUUUGGCUAGAUCUCUCACAUAAUUCAUUUGAUGGGUUAUUAAUGGAUUUUCUUUGUCAAAAAUCUGACAUACCAAAAAGGUUACGAAUCCUCAAUCUUGCAUCAAACAACUUAUCUGGAAAAAUUCCCAACUGUUGGAGGAUGUGGCCACAACUAAUGGAUGUCAACUUAGAAAGCAACUCUUUUAUUGGAAGCUUGCCCUAUUCCAUGGGCUCUUUAUCAGGCCUACAAUAUUUGCAUAUACGUAACAACACGCUCUCAGGAAAAUUUCCUAUCAGUUCAAAAGAAAACAAGGAGUUGAUUUUGUUGGAUCUUGGAGAAAAUAACCUCACAGGGAAUAUUCCUAGAUGGGUUGGAGAAAGCUUGGUAAAUUUAAAAUUUCUUCGGCUCCGAUCCAAUCAUCUUUCAGGUACCAUUCCCAACGGAUUAUGUGAUAUGAAGUUUCUCCAAGUUUUGGACCUUGCACUAAAUAAUUUGUCAGGCAAUAUACCAAAUUGUUUGAACCAUUUGAGUGCCAUCAUAAAUAAAACUAGUGCAAGUUCGUCCUUCCAGGAAUCCAUGGGAUAUGCAAGUGAUACUAUAAGCAUGAACCUAUGGGUGAAAGGUAAAGAUGCUGAGUACAACAACAUUCUGGGCUUAGUGAAAAACAUUGAUCUUUCAUCUAAUAAAUUGUCCGGGGGAAUAACAAUGGAAAUCACAAACCUAACUGGUCUGAUUUAUUUGAACUUGUCCAAGAAUGAGUUAACUGGUCACAUCCCUCAACGUAUUGGCAGUAUGGAGUCAUUGGAAUCCAUUGAUUUCUCUGGCAACCAACUCACAGGGGAUAUCCCUCAGAGCAUUACAAACUUGAGCUUUCUCAACAAGCUCGACUUGUCCUGCAAUCACUUGGAGGGUAAAAUCCCAACAGGCACUCAAUUGCAAACCUUUGAAGCAUCCAGUUUUGUCGGCAACAAUAUCUGUGGUCCACCAUUGCAGCUCAGCUGUACAGUUCCUGAUGAUGAUGCAAAUGACAGUAAUGAGAAAGAGAGAAAGAAGCACAAUGGAGUGAAUUGGUUCUUUGUGUUUAUGGCUUUUGGAUUUAUUGUGGGAUUCUGGGGAUUUGUUGGUCCAUUGUUCAUAUUCAAACCAUGGAGGUAUGCCUAUUUCCGUUUUCUUGAUGACAUGGGCUACAAACUUCAAUCAUGUUUGAGAUUUUAAGUUUGUAAUUAGUUUCUUUUGUGAUGUAUUCUUGUUUUAUGUGUGCUGUAAGAAAUAAAUAAAAAUCAAUAUGCACUAUUUGUCCA